UCAAAUGCGAACGACGAACCCUGCCGCCUCUCUUGACAGGACGCAUCAUGUUGGUAAACACAAUUUUAACGAAACUCCAACAUCUUAAAUACGAUCGAAAUGAAUCGGGGGAAAAUCACAUUUGGUAAAAUCAAUCUCAAAUCUUCCGGCCCAUCAACUAGCUCAACAGAAAGUGCGGAAAAUCCUACGUCUUCGUCUGAUGGAACCGUGUCCGGGUUUGGAUCGUUUGGUCGAAGGGAAAACACUAAGGAUGAUCCUGUCGCACGCAUAUCCGAAGAUUUGGACAACAGCAAACUACAUGAAGUGAUGGGAAUAUCCGGGUUUGGCCGAAAGCAAGCCAAACAGUUCGAUAUUAAUGAAAUGAUUCAGAAAGCAAAACAAAACGCACCGAAAGCGUUAGUGGAUGAAAAGGCUAUUACAGAAGGGGGUGAAGAUAAGAAAAGCAAAGAUCCGGACGAUGAUGAUGAAGAGAGCGAAGAGGAUGAAGAAGUGAUUGGUCCAAUACCAACCGGAGGUGUGAACGAAAAUCGGCGUAAGAAAGUAGAUAAAGGGGACGAUUCGGACGGCGAUGAUGACGAGGAUGAGCAGGAUGAAGACGACGAUGAGUUUGAUGAGGAUGCACCCAUAAAUAAACUUCCGCACUCGCAUGAGGUAGAGAUGCGACACGGAAGCAAAGCGGUAGUUGCACUCGCCAGUGACCCAUCCGGCGUUCGACUUGCAUCCGGAUCGAUGGACUACAAUCUUAACUUUUGGGACUUUUCCGGCAUGGAUAAGUCGAUGAAAAGCUUCCGUUCGAUGCAACCUUGUGAAAAUCACCCGAUCCGCAAUCUGUACUACUCCUUUUCGGGCGAUAUGAUGCUGGUCGUGUCCGGAAGUUCCCAAGCGAAAGUGCUCGAUCGUGAUGGGUUCGAGAAGAUGGAGUGCGUUAAGGGUGACCAGUACAUAGCGGACAUGUCCAAGACGAAGGGUCACAUUGCGGGUCUGACCAGUGGAUGCUGGAGUCCGGUUCGGCGUGAAGAGUUUCUUACCAGCGGCAUGGAUUCAACGCUCCGGACGUGGGUAUUUGCGAAAACAAAGGAACAGCGUGCUGUAAUAAAAACACGCGCACAGGGCGGCUUGAAAACGAUUCCUACGAGCUGUGCGUACAAUCGGGAUGGUACACUGAUUGCGGCCGGUUGCAGUGAUGGAUCGCUUCAAACCUGGGACACGCGUAAAAUGUUCGUCCACACGACACACUGCAUACGGGAUGCACACACGAAGGGGGCCGAUAUCUCGUCGGUGCUGUUUUCCUACUCGGGCUUUCAGUUGGCUUCUCGCUCGAUGGACGAGACGCUCAAGUUGUGGGAUACGCGAGCAUUUAAGAAACCGUUGCACGUGUUUGACGGAUUGUUCAGCCGAUACGAUACGACGGAUUGUUGCUUCAGCCCGGACGAUACAAUGGUUUUAACUGGCGAGUCUCUACCGAAGGGUGCCAAACAGGCGAACCUUUUCGUGUACGAUACGAAAACUUUCGAUCUGGUUGCAAAACUACCGAUCACCGAUUCGCACGUUAUACGCACACUGUGGCACCCGAAAUUGAACCAAAUAUUUGUCGGAUGUGGUAAUGGUAUCAUCCGUGGACUGUACGACGAGAAGCGAAGUAUGCGCGGUGCGAAGCUGUGUGUCGUGAGGACACAUCGGAAAAAGAAAGAGUCUGAAAUUGUCGGUACGACGCAGAUUAUUACACCGCACGCUCUGCCAAUGUUCCGGCAGGAAAAGACCCGUUCGGUGCGCAAGAAGCUGGAAAAGGAUCGGUUGGAUCCGGUAAAAUCUAAACGGCCCGAUUUACCGAUUACCAGUGGCCAGGGUGGACGUGUUGCUAGCUCCGGUAGUACACUUUCGUCUUACGUCAUUCGAAAUUUAGGUUUGAGCAAACGCGUAGAGGAUGAUCAGGAUCCGCGCGAAGCUAUCCUGAAGUACGCCAAGGAGGCAGCAGAAAACCCGUACUGGAUUGCGCCUGCUUACGCCAAAACGCAACCCAAACCAAUCUUCAACAGCGAGGAUGAACCGGAAUCGAAAAAGACAAAAACGGAGCAGUAAGGUAGACAAAAAAUUUAAUCCCUAUUAAAUGCACUGUUCGGAACAUUA